AUGACGAAUGUAGAUCGCUUUCGUCCUUACCGACUGAGGCCUAAUUCAGAUGACAUACUCUUUUACCAUGUCUACGACAGCCUCUCAGAGACCCCAUUCGUGACAAACAUAGGCAUAAUCUCAGGGAAGGGAUUAAAUUGCACGACGCCUCCGCAUGCUGUGAUCACUUACAGAGAGUUUGCCAAUCACCUGAAUUGCGACAAUCGCGAGCCUACAUCAUUCAUCUCAUUCUCCAGAAACAGCAAGGACGCCUAUGAGGAAGCAAUGCGUCGAAUGGGUCAAAUCAGAGUGAAAGACCCUCACGGAGGCCCCGAUUUGGAACGCAAUCCCAAGUCAGUUCGCAUUGCCAUUGCAAGCGCUAGUGCAAUGGACAACACAAAGACUUUCUACUUCUCAACCUUGGAUCUCAUAGACAUGCUAAAAAUUACUUCCGAUUCCUAUAUCUCACCUCAGUUACGCGAAAACGAAUGGUUUGUUCUCGGAUACAUACCCACUGAUGCUAUUGUCAUAGAUGUGGUCCCCGAGGUUUUCCAUCAGGUCCUCGGCGUCGUUGACAGACGACAAGGAUGA